AGGGGCGGGGUCCGCGUCCUGAAUGGGGGCAGCAUGGGGCCGCUAGGCCUCUCGCGCGCCGGGCUGUGGCUGAGUCGAGCCAUGAGCCGCUGCGUUUUGGAACCCCGGCCGGCGGGGAAGCGGUGGCUGGUGGCAGGCCUGGGAAACCCUGGACUGCCUGGCACGCGGCACAGCGUGGGCAUGGCGGUGCUGGGGCAGCUGGCGCGGCGGCUGGGGGUGGCGGAGAGCUGGGCACGCGACCGGCGCUGUGCCGCGGACCUCGCUCUGGCCUCAUUCGGAGAUGCCCAGCUGGUCCUGCUCCGGCCACGGAGGCUCAUGAACCUCAACGGGUACAGUGUGGCCCAGGCGGCGGAGCUGUUCGGACUGACCGCUGAGGAAGUUUACCUGGUACACGAUGAGCUGGACAAGCCGCUGGGGAAAGUGGCUCUGAAGUUGGGAGGAAGCGCCAGGGGCCACAAUGGAGUCCGUUCCUGUAUGAGCUGCCUCAACUCCAGUGCAAUGCCGCGGCUGCGGGUGGGCAUCGGGCGGCCGACCCAGCCGGAUGCAGUGCGGGCCUACGUCCUGGGCCGCUUCUCCCCUGCUGAGCUGGAGCUGCUGCCGCCGGUGCUGGAGCGUGCCGCGGACCUGCUGCUGGACCACAUCCGCCAGCGCAGCCGGGGGACUCCGUCAAGCCCCUGAGGCCGGUGGGCUCGGCGGCUCGCCCGACUGCCAUGCCCACGCCCAUCCACCCAUCCACAGAGGUGCCACGCCAGCCUGUGGGGUCUUUUUUUUUUUUUUUAAUAUAACUCUUCUCUGGGCUGCCCCAGGCUGCUUGUGGACUAACGUGGGGACUGUGGCCGGAACAGUCCUUCUUUAGGAUAGGAGGUUGGUCUCUCCGUGUCCUACUUUGAAAGUAGGGAAACUUCAGGAAGACUGAGCUUUUUCUUUAACUUUUUCUGAGGAGCAGAGGUGUGGAUCUGUAAGAGUGAAGGUGCCACCUU